AAAAAAAAAAAAAAAAAAAAAAAAAAAAAAAAAAAAAAAGAAUGAAAUCGGUGAAACAGAAGAUAAGCGAUAUGGCUAGUACUGCCAAGGAGAAGAUGGUGAUAUGUCAAGCAAAAGCCGAUGAGAAGGCGGAGCAGGCGAUGGCAAGGACGAAAGAGGAAAAAGAGAUAGCGCAUCAGAGGAGAAAGGUGAAAGAAGCAGAGGCUAAUAUGGAUAUGCAUAUGGCUAAAGCGGCUCAUGCUGAAGACAAGCUUAUAGCUAAGCAAUCUCACUACCACGUUACUCAUGGUACGCAUGUGGCUCAGCCUGCGCCUGUAUCGGCUCCUGUCCCUGUCAUGGGACAUGGUUACGGGCAUAAUCCUGCCGGACUUACCUCGGUUCCUCCACCGGCGUAUCCUCCUAGUGGACAGCAUCAGGCUUAGCAUCCCACGGGACAUCGUCAUCAUUACAGAAAUGAUUUUUGCUCUAAUUUUUUUUUUUUUUUUUGGUAUUUUAGUAGUGUUUUAUCUUCGAUAAAUCUUUGGACUAUAUAAGUUAUGUGAUGCCUUUUGACAACAAAAAAAUAAAGGGAAGAAAGAAAAAAAUUAGGGGUUGUAUUAGAAAAAAAUUAGGGGUUGUAUGAUAUUUAUUGUGAGUCACUCUUCAAAUUUUGUUGUUCUCAAUAGUCAAUAGUACUCCUAAAAUUUACAGCA